GUCUUGUAUAUCUCUUCCUGUCAUGCUUUUCUGAAUAGUUUGAAUCUUUAUCUAGGAACUUACUUCAUCUCGUAGAUCGAACAGAAGGGUCUGCAAUGGCAGAUCCUCCCAUCUUCGGCUUCUUCUGCACUUCCAUCGUCCUUCUGUCACUGCUGUGCCUGUCAAGUGCAGCCAACACCCUGAGUUCAGCUCAAUCUAUUGGAGAGGGAGAGACGUUAGUUUCCCCGGGCCGAAAGUUUGAGCUCAGUUUCUUCUCUGCCGGAAGCUCGAAGAAUGGUUUCCUGGGUAUAUGGCUUGUGGUGAGUCCUAAAACGGUUGUUUGGGUUGCUAACAGGAAUAGUCCGCUCACUGAUUCAAAUGGUACUCUGGAAAUAAGCAACGAAGGUGAACUUGUUCUUUUGAACCGAUCAAAGAGCGUCAUUUGGUUGACAAAUUCGACCAAGGUUCUCCGAAACCCAGUUGCACAGCUCCUGGAUUCUGGCAACCUUGUUCUUAGGGAACGAAACAGUUUAGAUUAAGCUAACUACUCAUGGCAGAGCUUUGAUUACCCAUCAGACAUGCUUUUGGUCGGUAUGACAUUGGGAUGGAACUUUAGAACCGGUUUGGAACGUCAUCUGACUUCCUGGAGAAGCGUGGAUGAUCCUUCCCCUGGAGACUAUGCAUUCAGAUACAAAAUUGAUGGUUUACCUCAACUCGAAAUAGCCAGCAAUGGUUCCGUCAAAGUUUCUCGAACUGGGCCAUGGAAUGGUGUUGGAUUCGCCAGUAUUACCAACGAGUUAACUGCCGUUGUUGAAUCCUUCUCUGUUUACAACGGAACAGAUGCCUAUUUUGCCAUUGAAACGUUCAAGGAUGAUAUCACAGCCAGAUUGAUAUCACGCCCGGAUGGUAUUUUCGAGUGUCAUCUAUUGAAGAGUGGAAGCACGAAAUGGGACCUGACUUACUCGGUCCCUUUCGACCCUUAUGACAGCUAUGGACGCUGUGGCGCUAAUGGCAUGUGCCGACCUAACCAAAGCCCAAGAUGCCUCUGCUUGCAGGGUUUUAUGCCCAAGUCACAAGAAGAGUGGGACAUGCUCAAUUCAA